GUGUGGCAUUCAGACUAAGUUAAAGUUGGGUCGCUUGGUAUCCAGCAGGACUGUGGUACCAAACCUGCUGGAUGGGUUUGGUACCACAGUCUCCGCUCGGCGCCAUAUUAGACAGACGCUGGUGCGGAAGGUGGGGAGUACUCUUCCUGAUAAGGGUACUAACCUAUACGCAAAAUACUUAUGGUUGACAAGUACUUGGGUGAACGUAGUCCCAGGCUUGUUGCUUUCGUAGCUGUUGAGCACACUCGCCGGCAGAAAUGACUUCGUUGACUCAGAGGAGUUCGGGCCUCGUGCAGAGGCGGACCGAAGCCUCGCGUAACGCCGCUGAGAAAGACCGACCGUCCGACCAAGAAGACCACGGGCCCCGGCGAGCGGAGGAUCAGGACGAUGAUGAUACCGGAGACUCCAAAGAAACACGUCUUACACUGAUGGAAGAAGUGUUGCUGUUAGGACUGAAGGACCGAGAGGGCUACACCUCAUUCUGGAAUGACUGCAUUUCAUCAGGGCUGCGAGGGUGCAUGCUGAUCGAGCUGGCCCUGCGAGGACGCCUUCAGCUGGAGGCCUGUGGCAUGAGGAGGAAAGGUCUGCUGGCCAGGAAGGUGAUUUGCAAGUCAGAUGCUCCUACAGGUGAUGUGCUCCUGGACGAAGCUCUCAAACACAUCAAAGACACUCAGCCACCAGAGACUGUGCAGAGCUGGAUCGAGCUGCUCAGCGGAGAGACGUGGAACCCGUUGAAGCUUCAUUACCAGCUGAGGAACGUCCGUGAACGGCUGGCCAAAAACCUGGUGGAAAAAGGUGUCCUGACUACGGAGAAGCAGAACUUUUUGCUGUUUGACAUGACGACACAUCCCCUGACCAACAACAACAUCAAACAGCGCCUCAUUAAGAAGGUGCAGGAGGCUGUGCUGGACAAGUGGGUGAAUGAUCCUCAUCGAAUGGACAAGCGGCUCCUGGCUCUCAUCUUCUUAGCCCAUUCCUCUGAUGUUCUGGAAAAUGCCUUUGCCCCCUUGUUAGAUGAUCAGUAUGACCUCGCCAUGAAGAGAGUGCGGCAGCUGCUGGAACUGGAGCCAGAAGGGGAGAGCAUGAAGGCCAACACCAACGAGCUGCUAUGGGCUGUGGUGGCUGCUUUCACUAAAUGAGGGAACAGCAGGCAGUGGCGUUGACGUGACAGUGGGGGUGAAAAUUACUCCUGACCCCGACAUUUUGACUUUAGUGACUUCUGGUACCAGACGCCUGGAUUUUGUGGCAUGGGCUGCCCUGUUUCCUCUUCCUGUUUCUUUUCCUUCCUGAUGAUUCUCUUUGAUGAUGCUCCAUGACCCUGUCUCUACCCUGCAUCAGUUAUGUGUUCACUUUCAUAAAAACUAACGUGGUUAAAUGCCACGUCACAUGAAGUGCUUGCUGAUGGAUGGGUAGGCCUGAAAUCACUGAGUCAUAUCCUGUUUUUCUUUUUUUAACGAGUGUGGUACAGAUGUCACAGGUUAUCAACAAUGAUGUACAUGUGCACAGCAGUAGGAAAGUAAAAGGUUAGCUAAU